AUGAACUCAAAUAAGCCAUGUGGUACACUCCUUGCUAAGGCUAUUUGUUUCAAUGACUUCAUGGACCACAUCAAAGGAUCAGCUCUGAUCAAUAAGGAUCAAAAAGACUGGCUCUGGGAGGUGGAAGGCAAUCCGGAAUUGAUUGAUCGUAGAUUAGGUGGCCAGGCUAAACAAUCUUGUGAUCAUGUUCUGGAUGAUGACAAAGUUGACCAACUACACGCAAUCAACACCACCAAAAAUGAUUCCUCCUCUGCCACCAAGGCAUCAGUAACUACCAAUGACAUCAAUAAGGCCACUCAAACCCCCAAGCGCAUCCGCAAAUCUGCCCCAUCUGUUAUAGCCAAAGGCCCAAAAGCAAGAAACACCCGUCCAAAACCCAUCAAUGGUUUCAUCAAUUUCAACCCAGAACUUGACAUCUUAUCAACUCCAGAAAUGGAUUCAACCAAUUUAGUGCCAGCGUUCAGCCACGAGAACAACAUAAGGGUGUGGUUAGAUGAAACCUUACAUGCAGGUCCUCCAGCAUCACAUGCGACUCCCGUUUUACACAGAGACCCUCCAGUAUUGAUGCAUAACUAG